AUGGCGAGUCGACCUGAAAUGAAGCGCGCCUCGGACUCAGAGACAGAUCCACCACGUACGCGUCCUUGUCCUGCCUGCAACAAGACAUUUUCAAAAGCCGAACAUCUCACCCGGCAUCUCCGCAGCCACACUAAAGAGAGGCCGUAUGUGUGUACUACCUGCGGGAAGGUGUACUCCAGAAGUGAUGUGCUGCGGAGACAUCUCAAAAGCCACGAGAAGCACUCUCAAAAUGCUUCACCGCAGCCCCGAGCUUCGAUUUCAGGGACCCCAUCCCGAUCAGUGGCGGAAGAGUCGACGAUAAUCUCUACCCCAUCUCAUGCGGCACCAAGGAUACAUGAGCUACUCAAUGAUGCUUCAUUAAUAGUACCAGCCGUACCUGACCAACUAAUUAGCAGUACCGAGCCACUACAACCCCAAUCAGCGACAGGGAUGAAUUUGCAUGACUCCGUACUACAGACAGAUACCGAUUCUUGGUUCCUUGGCGCAGACUUUGAUGUAAAUGCCUUGGACUUUUCCAUAUCAUCGGCGAUAUCGGAAUGGGCGCAACUGCCUUCCACACCACACAUGUUAGGCUCUGUUGGCUUAGCAGAAGAGCCGCUGCAUUCCGCACCAACGUCCUACGCAAAGGGGAACGGCGAUGAAUCGCAUCCAGCGGACAUUGUAAGGAAGAGAUGGUUUACUUGCUUAUCUCCGCCAGAGGUAAACCAAUUCGUCUACAGAGGGCCCAAUCGCCCCGGUGACUCGUUCCCUCAAGGGAGGAUCGAUGCCGAUGACAACUAUAGAGCUGGUCUCUCCCAGAGGUUGAAGCCUCGCAUGCAUGAUGAAGCACUGCCAUCCGCAGAGCAACUGAAUCUCUUUGCGAAGCUCUUCUUUAGUCGAUUUCACUCCCUGUUUCCGGUUAUACAUGCACCCACCUUUCGUCCGACCGCGGAAAAUUCGUUGCUAUUCUUAUCAAUCUGCUCAAUAGGCAGCCUCUUUGUGGGGUCAUCCCAUGCAGUGGCGCAAGGCCUGAGGAUAUUUGAACGACUGAAUAAAGCAAUUCUGGCCUCCUGGGAGUCCAUUCUUGCUCAUAGCCGACCGGAUGCCUUGUCGAUGGUCCAAGCUGCCAUUCUGGGCCAGACUUAUGGAAUUUUGUCCGGAAGGCCCAAGGACUUGGUCCUUGCGGAUGUCCUUCAUGGUACUGUAAUGGGAUGGACACGUGAGUCCAAUAAAUACGCUACUCUUGGACAUGGACAGUUCCUCGAUUCUUGUUCGACCGAACAAGAGGUGAUCGAGCAGUGGCACCGAUGGGCCGAGGCGGAACAGAGAAGACGGGUCGAAAUCGCCUUAAAUAUACACGAUGCGGAGCUUGCCAGCCUGAUGCAUCAUGAACCGAUCCGCAAGCAUCGAUUCACACAAUAUCCGCUGCUAGCCUCGGAACCAAUGUUCAUGGCUCCGACAGCCGCCCGAUGGGCCAACAUGUACAAGCAGUCACCAUCAUUUACUAAAUUAACCCCCUCUCCCGACCUUCACUUUCACUCCGCCGGACAUGAUUCUAGGUUCGCUGUCUAUAGUGUGCUGGAGAGUAUCAACGCCCAUGUCAUUGAAGCUCGCCUCUCAGGCACCUUAAACAGGGAUACAUCUCGGAAUCUAUCUAGCCUACUGAUGCAUUGGUGGAGUAAGUAUAGCUCACAAUACAUUCAAGAUGAGGAAGAGGACCCUUUCAGUCUUCCUGUAUUGUGGCACUCGAUUUACAUGUCUCUUUACAGCGACAUGGACGUGCUUGAACGAGCAGUUGGUCGUAAUGGGCACGCAGCAGCCACUGAUUCUCACCACGCGGUUCAAGGGUGGGCAGGCUCCCUGGAUGCCAGGGCUCUCUUUUCGGCUGCUCUCGCAUGGCUCUGCUUCACGAGAAUUGGACAACAGCAAUCCAUCAACUUGAAAGCUUUCGAUGCACCAGAGAUCCAGCUCCUGGGCAGUGAGACCGCGUUGCAAGAGGCCCAAGGGCAGGCAUUCGGAGACUCUGCAUUUGCAGAUGUAAAUCACUUACAUCGACUGAUUGAUCUUUUGCACCGCUUUGGGCGCUGGACGAUCUCGAAAACAUUUGCCACUGUGCUAUGCACGGCUCUGGAAGAAGUUAGAGAAGAAUGA